AUGAUGGACGCGGGGAACGGCGGCGCCACCUCCUCCGCCGAGCAGCGGCCGCAGACGGAGCUGCUCGUCAAGACGCCCGCGCAGAGCCGGACCAGCAUCGUGUACAAGUUCGCCACCGACGACAUCCUCCGGGAGCAGUACCGGGACCCCUGGAACGAGGUGCGCAUCGGCAAGCUGCUCGAGGAUCUUGACGCCCUCGCCGGCACCAUCGCCGUCAAGCACUGUUCAGAUGAAGAUAGCACAACAAGACCCCUUUUGGUUGUGACUGCUUCUGUUGACAAAAUGGAGCUGAAAAAGCCAAUUCGUGUGGACACUGAUUUGAACAUAGCUGGAGCUGUUACUUAUGUUGGGCGCUCAUCAAUUGACAUACAGAUUGAAGUGACUCAGGUUGAUAAAGAUGGUGAUAAUCAGUCUGAUCCCAUUGCAUUGACCGCUAACUUCACCUUUGUUGCGCGUGAUUCCAAGACUGGAAAAUCUGCUCCAGUGAACCGCCUUUCACCUGAAACUGAAAGGGAGAAGCAACUAUUUGGAGAAAGAGAAGCACGUGAUAAGAUGAGAAAAAGGAAGAGAGAAGAACAGAAGGGAGGACUUGAAAAUGGGAUACAUAAGCUCCGUGCUGAGGCUGAGAGGCUGGAUGUGUUGCUCGCAGAGGGUCGUGUUUUCUCUGAUCUGCCUGCUUUAGCUGAUAGAGAUAGCAUCUUGCUGAAGGAUACCCGUCUGGAGAACUCUCUUGUCUGCCAGCCACAGCAACGAAACUUGCAUGGUCGAAUAUUUGGGGGUUUCUUGAUGCACCGAGCAUUUGAGCUUGCCUUCUCAACCGCAUAUGCUUUUGUUGGGCAGAGACCUUGUUUCCUUGAAGUCGAUCAUGUUGACUUCUUGAAACCAGUGGAUGUAGGGGACUUCCUUCGAUUCAAAUCAUGUGUCUUGUAUACCCAGCUUGACAAUCCAGAGCAGCCCCUGGUCAACGUUGAAGUUGUCGCUCAUGUAACAAGACCUGAGCUCCGGAAAAGUGAGGUUUCCAACACGUUUCAUUUCACCUUCACGGUCUGUGGUGGCAUGUUGAAGAACGGGUUGAAGAUUCGCAAUGUUGUUCCCUCAACGGAAGAAGAGGCGCGGCGGAUAUUGGAGCGCAUGGAGGCAGAGGGUUUAUGUAACUAA